UCAAGGCGGGUUGGGGGCGCUCUCCUCCGUGCGCCCCGGGCUGUGUCGAGGGGCGCCGGCCGGGCGUCCUGUUCCCGCCCCCCGGCAGCGCGGGCCUCCCCGGCGCCGCUCUCCCUCUCGACCCCGAGCCCCGCGCGCCCGGAGGCAGCGCUGCCCGCCUUCUCUGCCCUUAGUCAACAUGGCGGCGCGGGGGCGAGCCGGGGGCGGAGUCCGAGGGCGCUGCGGGCUCUGCGGCGGACUCCCCGCGUCGCCCGAGCCGCCAGCCGAGACCUGGCAGGUGGGCAGGCAGGGGGCGGGCCCGGCGUGGGCCGAUCCCGAGGGGGCGGCGCUGCCCGGCCCCCGGCGUGGGGCCCUAGGAGAUCUGAUGCGCCCGCCGCGAGCUGGUAGUUUCCCGGUCGCUUCACGUGGGGAAAGAACGAGGGAAGCCGGCAGCUAAGGAGGCAAAGGGUGAAGGAGGAGCGCGGAGCGAAGGGCGAGUCCGGGGACGGCUCGGGCACGCUGUCUCCUUCACCUCCGCCCCGGGACACGCGCUCCCCUGACUGCUCGACCCCAUCCGCCUUCCCAGACGGCGGCGAUGCCGCUCCCGGGAGCACCGGCGGGACCCUAGCCCUGGUGGAGUCCCCGAGGAGGAAGACGACUGUGAGACAGCCUAGGAACAAACGGCAAGUGGCUGCAGGUCACCGGCACAUCCAGGACAUGAGUGUUGGGGCGGUCACCUCCGCUCCCCUGUUCCCCACUUCAGACACCAGCCCGCCCGUGCCGACUUUCUCUGCUGUGGACUAUGUGGUCUUUGCCCUGCUGCUGGUCCUGUCCCUGGCCAUCGGGCUGUACCAUGCCUGUCGUGGCUGGGGCCAGCACACAGUCGGUCAGCUACAGAUGGCGGACCGGAAGAUGGACUGCCUUCCUGUGGCGCUGUCCCUGCUGGCCACCUUCCAGUCGGCUGUGGCCAUCCUGGGUGUGCCAGCUGAGAUCUACCGAUUCGGGACCCAGUACUGGUUCCUGGGCUGCUGCUACUUCCUGGGGCUGCUGAUCCCUGCACACAUCUUCAUCCCCAUCUUCUACCGCCUGCAUCUCACCAGUGCCUACGAGUACCUAGAGCUCCGAUUCAAUAAAGCUGUGCGGAUUUGUGGGACCGUGACCUUCAUCUUUCAGAUGGUGAUCUACAUGGGGGUAGUGCUCUAUGCACCAUCUUUGGCCCUCAAUGCAGUGACUGGUCUUGACCUGUGGCUGUCCGUGCUGACCCUUGGCAUUGUCUGUAACAUCUAUACUGCUCUGGGUGGGCUGAAGGCCGUCAUCUGGACAGAUGUGUUCCAAACGCUGGUCAUGUUCCUGGGGCAGCUGGCAGUCAUCAUCGUGGGGUCGGCCAAGUUGGGUGGCUUGGGGCAAGUAUGGCACACGGCCUCCCAGCAUGGCCUCAUCUCUGGGCUCGAGCUGGACCCAGACCCCUUCGUGCGUCACACCUUCUGGACCUUGGCUUUCGGGGGCUUGUUCAUGAUGCUGUCCCUGUAUGGGGUGAACCAGGCUCAGGUGCAGCGCUACCUCAGCUCCCGCACGGAGAAGGCAGCCGUGCUCUCCUGCUAUGCUGUGUUCCCCUGCCAGCAGCUGGUCCUCUGCAUAUCAUGCCUCAUCGGCCUGGUCAUGUUUGCCUAUUACCAGAAAUUCCCUAUGAGCACCCAGCAGAGCCAGGCAGCCCCUGACCAGUUUGUCCUGUAUUUUGUGAUGGAUCUCCUGAGAGGCCUGCCGGGCCUGCCGGGGCUCUUCGUCGCCUGCCUCUUCAGUGGCUCCCUCAGCACCAUAUCCUCCGCUUUUAACUCCCUGGCUACUGUGACGAUGGAAGACCUGAUCCGGCCCUGGUUCUCUGACCUCUCUGAAGCCCGGGCCACCAUGCUGUGCAGAAUGCUCGCCUUUGGUUAUGGGCUGCUUUGUCUGGGGAUGGCCUACAUUUCCUCCCAGAUGGGACCUCUGUUGCAGGCAGCCAUCAGCAUCUUUGGCAUGAUCGGGGGACCACUGCUCGGACUCUUCUGCCUUGGCAUGUUCUUUCCCUGUGCCAACCCUCCCGGCGCCAUUGUGGGUCUGCUGGCUGGACUCGCCAUGGCCUUCUGGAUCGGUGUUGGGAGCACAGUGACCAGCACGGGCUCCAGCGGGGCCCCCUCGCCCCCUAACAGCUCCAGCUUCUCCCUGCCCAACAACCUGACUGCCAUCGGUCUGACCACAUUGGUGCCCUCUGUCACCCAUUCCAAGCCCACAGGACUGCAGCGCCUCUACUCUCUGUCCUACUUGUGGUACAGCGCUCAUAACUCCACUACAGUCAUUGUGGUGGGCCUGAUCGUCAGUCUGCUCACUGGGGGUAUGCGGGGCCGGACCCUGGACCCUCGAACCCUUUACCCAGUGUGGCCCCGACUCCUCGCUCUCCUGCCCAGGGCUUGUCAGAAGCGACUUCACUACAAAAGCCACAGCCAGGAGCCAUCCUUCUGUGCUCCCCAGGACCUCUCUGCAGACACCAUGUUUCCGGAGAAGGCUGGCAACGGGAUUCUGAGGGUUGAUGGAAGCAAGGAGGAGGUGCCUGAGCAAGGCUCGGCCCAGCAGGCAAGCAGCCCUACCUUCAUCCUGCAGGAGACCUCACUGUGAUCCAGACUCAGGCCUGGACCCGUGGCCGCCCGUGGUCACGAGUGUGCUCUGUAGGGACAGCUCAGCACUCAGUGCCCUAGCCCACACCAAAGGCCCUUCUAAGGGUUGUCCCUUCCUAGAAGCUAUGGCCGCACGGGAGCUGUGAGGGAAUGACAACCUUCUUGGACCUGGUUCUGCUGGAAAGGGUGAUAGAAGCGGAUCUUCUGGGAAAAAAUGGCUUGUGACUCAGCACAGCCCAGCUCCUUUGAAGCAGCGGGAAACUACGAGGUUGACUCGACUGGUCUGGAGCCUGGUCUGGUAGCCUUGACCUGCUGCAGCCUCACCCCCAAAAGGUGCCUGGGUCAGCAGCUGCACCCCCACAGCCCUGUGGCUGAUUCUGUCAGCACAGAGGCUUCUCAUUCUUAUCUCUCUACCUCUGUUCUUGAGAGGGAGGCUUUUGCAUCCUUGAGAGGAAUCAUGAGACAGAUAGGUCCGUUUAUCUCCACUGUGUAGAGAAACAAAGCUUCCCACCUCCCCACCCCCACAUGCCGCUGGGGGCAAACACUAAUGAAGGCUCCAGAGCAUGACCAGUUCACUGUGGAGUGUCCCAUAUUCCGGUUUCCUUUUGGAGUUUCUUCCUGACAAUUCUUUUGUUCCUAGCGAAUAAAAAUUGCCAUUGGACCUAGA